GUCUCAGGGCGUGUCUGAGAGGAGCAGGAAACAGAGAGAGACGACAGAGAGGGUCAGUCUGAAGAGCCUCGACGAGCUCUGCUUCAAAGCGGAUAAAGGCUGUUUAACUUCUCCAGCUCCUCCGUGCGGGUCUUCAGGCGCUGAGCUGAGUGUGUUCUGGUCUCUCUGGAGGAGUUUUGGACUGACUGGUCGUGUUUUGACCGUUGGAGUUGGAGACAAUGGAGAGGCUGCUGGUGGCUCCGCUGGUUCUCAGUUUCCUCCUCUCAGGCGUUGUGGCUGUUCAGGUGACCAUUCCCGUCUCACAGGUGAGUACGGGCCUUUUUACCACGGUCACACUGCGGUGCGACUAUUCGACUUCAGCGACUGCUCAGAAUGUGCUGGUCACCUGGCGCUACAAGUCCUUCUGCAAAGACCCUGUGCUGGACUACUACUCAACAGCCUACCAGGCCGCUCUGCAGCUGGGUCAGGACCCAUCCAACGACUGUCCAGACAGCCAGCGCACAAUCAGGACUGUGGCUCAGAAACAGGGCACAAAUGAAGCCACUUUGGGUCCAAACUACAGAGACCGCAAAAUCUACAUCCAGAACAAUGCCGACCUGGUGAUCAAUGAGGUGAUGUGGUGGGACAACGGUGUCUAUUUCUGCUCAGUUGCCGCUGUUGGAGACAUGACAGGUGAUGGGGAGAAAUACAUGAAACUCAUCGUCUACCACUGGCUGACGGUGCUCUUCAUAAUCAUUGGAGCCCUUCUCCUCAUCAUCCUCUUUUGCAUCUGCUGUUGUCAGUGUUGUCCUCAGCGCUGUUGUUGUUACAUCCGCUGUCCCUGCUGCCCACAGACUUGCUGCUGCCCUGAGAAAGCUGUGAUGCAGCACAGGAUGAUGAAGGAGGCUCAAAAGGCCAUGAGUGCCUGGACAAACGGACAGCAGGUCUACGCCCCCCUGAGUAACCACAGCUCUGUUUACCAGAUGAAUCCCAUGCUGUACGGAGGUUCGGCAUCAGGAAAGAUCCCCAUGACCCCUGUGCCCCUCCCUCCUCCUCAACCAGGCCUAGUGCCUGUUGCCAUGCCACCACCAAGCAUGCAUGGUAAUGGGAGUGUCCACGGUAGUGCCCAUGGCACCAAUAAGAUGCUGGACUACUUGGAGAACCAGGUGCGGGGCAUGGACAUGACCAGCCCCCUCCUCCAGCCACAGCCAGCCCUGCAGCAAAUCCCCCCACCACCACAGCACAUGCCCCAGAAUGUGCCCUUCUCCGCUGGCCCUCCCAGUAUGCUCUCUGCACUUGACGAUGGCCCCAAUAACCGCCGCCCUCCCGGAACACGGCCUCCCAGCGGUUCGUCCGGCUACGGCCGUCACUAUCCUCCUCCGUCUGGGCGCAGCAUGCCCCGAAGCUACAGUCAGGAAGACAUGCUGGAUACCCGGAGCCGGGCGGGAGGGGCCGGUUACCGCCCACGCUCCCGCUCCCGAGAUGACCUGCUGGCAGAACCCCGCCGUCCAGGGCCAUCAAGACAGGACCGGAAUUACUCCCCCCAGCACCACCGAGGGUCCUGGGGCUCGGCCAGCGACGAGGACAGCAGAAGGGGCGGGUCCAGAGGAGCUAGAGGCGGAGGCUGGUCCGACCACCCACCCAGCUACAGCGAGUAUGAGCCAGGCCAGAAGCCGAUGAAGCGCUUCUCUGAUAAGAGCUCACGCAGUGGAGGCAGUGUAGUGAUCUGAAGUUUCUCUCUGUUCCACCAUAAUGGAGCGUAUCCAGGAAAGGCUAACUUCAAACCAUCGCCAAGGACAACACUGAACUGUUAUAAACGUAUAUGAAGGUUUUUAUUAAGGUUUUAAAGCUGUGCUUUGACUGGGCAUGCCCAGCCCUGCUCUAGUAGACCUACUGCCCUAAUUCUGCCAUCAAGAUGCUUCUGAGGACCUUGAAAAACUGGAUGAGGUGUGUUAGUUAAGGGUUGGAGCUAAACUCUGCUAGGCGGUAGAUAGCCAGGAGCAGAGCUGGGCAUCUAUAACCUCUUUUUGUCUUGGUUUGUCUUAAUUUGCUGAGCCAAACAUCCAAAGAAAGUCUUACAGUGGCUGAGAAGACCCAAUGAACUGCAGAAUAAAGAAUGAGCUGCGAACUCUUUCAUCAAAAAGACAAUGUGCUACUCUUUACAAAUGCUCAGCAAGCUAAUAAAAUGCUUUUGUAAAUUCAAAGACACUCUGAAAACACUUGCAUCAAAAUGACGACACCAGUGCUACAUUGUACAAACACACUGCAAGUACAGAAAACACAUGCAACUUAAGGAAUACUGCAGAAUCAAUCACAGCACACCGGAAAUGUUUCCGGAGGACAUUCAAAGAUGGAGCCGUUCAAACUUUUACAUUUUGUGCAGUUUACUGUUAUUUGAAAACUAAUAUUUAUUUGAUAACUGAAAUAUAAAUUUUAUAGAAAACGAAUAUCACUGUUUGGUAAUGGAAAUUAGCUGUGAAGUUUAACUGUAAAACUUCAAAUAGCAAUACCAGACCUGUAGUAUAGCUUUAACAUGUCAAAUAGUUAACUAGCCAGCCAAGUUAACCAUGAACUUGCAGUAAUGUGAGUCUCUGUGGUCUUACCAACUUCUGCCAGUGAUUUCAUCACAGAUAUUCCAUCUCUUCAAGAAACAUUUGUUAUGUUGUGAAUGUCUUUACAGUAUUUUCUAAAUUUGCAUCGCAUUAACGAGUUUGCAAUGUGUUUUAAUUGUACUGUGCAUAGAGUCUUGUCAGCCACCAUAGUCUUUGGAUAUGAAGUGAUAGGCCUAAUCAAUUGUGAAAUUUUAGCUGGUAAUUAAUUAGUGUAUAAAUAAUUUAGAUUAGCUAGUUGUGUUCUUUUGGGUUGAUUGUACACAGCUAGUAAUGUACAAGCCUAAAGUGACCACACUGGCUGAUUAGCUGUCUUGCUUCCUAGUUGUCGAUACUGGGUAGCUCCCAACUGAUGACAGAAAGACCCUUAAAGUGUCACAGUAAAUCUGUUUUCUGCUCUCUUUUAUUUACCUGUAUUUGCCUUUGCCCAACUAAUAGUCUGUAACUAUAUGAUUGUGAAAGCUAACAACUGUUGAAAAUUAUGAAUUAAAUGACUAGGCAAUCAUGUAUUAAUUGUGACAGGCCUAGAUGUUUAUAUGUUUUUAUAACAAAAGAUAUUUUAGGGGAUUUUUAGGGGAUUUUUCCACUGCACAAAGUACCAGGACUUGUGUCACUGUACCAGUACCGAAGUUUCCAGUUUUAUGGAUUUUGGUAUCUGUUUAAGACUGAUACCAACUUGACCUAAUGGUAACUCGAGGGUAUUCUGUGUUUGGUAACACUUGCUGCUGAAGCCAACAAAAAAUGAUCAAAUUUACUCUCCCAGGUGAAGAUAAAGUCACCGAGCACUUACAUCACCAAUAAGAACACCAGAAAUUAAGACAAAAUGAUCUGUUAAUGUGUCGAUUGUUAUUGUUAGAAUAAUUACUCUGUAAAGAGUUCCCUAAGGUAAGAUAAUUAGGACGCAAAUGCUAACGCUAUUAACAUUCAUGCUAGCCUCCACAAAAUUUUGCUCAUAUUUUCACAGAGAAAAUUGUAAGCUAUUCUUGAUUCUGCACCCAAUUCUGUGUAACUGUAGAGAUUUGUGACUGUGAUUAGCCAUGUAGUAACUUCUAUCGUUUAAUAUCAGCCAAGAGGUUAUGCUAGCUAUAGUUAGCAAGCAAGGUAGCUAAUUAGCCAAAUUAGAUGUGUUUAAUAAAAUGAAGAGUGCAAUAAAAUCCAGAAAUACAAUAAAAUUGUUAUUGGUGUUAUUAUAACGGUUCCAGCUGUCUCUCAAGUAGGUGGAAAAUAACCUUGAACUAAAACCGCAAGUCCUGUUGGUUGCUGUUUGGGUCAGUUCUUGUUUUUUGGAUGUGCAGUGGGAAAACACCCUUAGCUGCUACUGAAUUUCAAAGGUCAAAUUCUGUGGCCACUAAACAGGAAGUCAGAAGGCAUUCCAUUUUCACUAAAAUGAACAUGUAAAUUUUUGUGAAGAAUGUUUAUAACUAGUUAGUCCCUGAUAUAAUGCUUCUUUAACAGAUGCUUUUUAGAUAUUAAUGUAUUUGUACAGUGUAUAUAAUGGUGAUCUGUUGGAAGCUAGUGUUUGUGGUGUGUUUAGAUAGUAAGGCCACAUAUUGAUUUUUAAAGCUGUUUUGUUUACAUUAAUUAAUGUUUCUUAUAUGUAUUUAUUCUCAAAUAUGUCUUUUUGUAAAAUGCCUCAGGAGCAUAAAAUGACUCAAAUAAGUAUCUCAUUUAUAUAGAAUUCCAUUUUAUAGCCUCUUUACCUUUGGUAGGGUUACUGUUCUCUUCAGCCUCACAAGUGGACCUAAAUGCUCAGGUGUCUUAACUUGUACACAUAUGAAUUUAAAAGCCAUUCAUUUGUAUUUAUCUGCCUAGAGAGUUUUUUUUAUAUAUAUAUUUUCUUUUCUGAUGUUAAUGAAGUGAUCUUUCUGUCUGAUGUUGUGAUAAGCUGUUUGAUGUGAUUCAAAGACAUCUUGACAAAGUAAAAAACAUUAGGAAUCAUUUAAAGAAGAAGGUUUGCAUACUGUAUGAAUGUGUGUGGUGGAGGGGUCUGUUUUUUAAUAGUUAAUACUAAAUCUGCAAUAAAAAUCUAAAAAUAUACAAAAUGUGCAAUAAAACAUUUUUAAUAAA